AUGCAAGCGGACGUAGACGAAUACGAUCUCUCCACGGUUCUCAAUCGAGACUCUUUUACACAACUAGUCGAAUUUCGUCAAUGCCCAAUUGAAGGCCGAUCCCUUGUCAACAAACAGCCAUUAGCCCCUGGUGAUAUUGUCCUUGUUGAACGUCCUCAUUUGCAGUACUUGCUCAACCCAACAUGUCGAUCGUCUAUAUCACCCCACUAUACGAAGAAGCUUUGGCAAUCGCUUGAAGAGAUCCUCGAUCCCUACGAUGAUGAGUUUAUUCCUGGCAUUCCAGCAGCCAUGCUUGCCUAUCUCAACCUUGAUCACCCUGACGACGACUAUGACUUUUUUUACUAUCCUGAUUUCAGCCAUCCAACGGUUGACCUUGUUCGCCAAGUAUGCCAUGAAGCUACGGCCACAUUACCCGAGUUUGCCAAGGUGGAUGCUGAUAGCAUGAGUCGAUUCAUUCUCAAGAUCUAUGGCAAUGCACAUACAGUCUCCUUCCAUCAUGAUCGUGGAAAGACAACCCAUACACGACGCAAGCAACGCCGCGAGUAUUAUCGAUCCAAAUGGGGUGAAUCGUACAGCUUUCAAUAUGAUGAUCUAUCACGUCAACGUGGCAUGAUUUGCUUAAUGAGCUGGGGAAGCAAGUUUGCUCAUGCGUGCGCACCCAAUUUAUUCCUGCAAUACGAACCAAAAGAGAACUGUAUGGUGUUUCGCGCUGUUCGACAUCUUGAACCUGGUACCGUGCUCUCGUUUUCAUAUUUGCCUGAAGAUGACAUGUCAUUGGGUGGUCUCGUAUGUGGCACAACCGCCAUGCGCCGUGCCAAACUCGACAAGUUCAAGUUCUUUCAUUGUCAAUGCACUCGAUGUACCAAGGAAGAAGGAGAGGAGAAACAAGAGGAGGAUGUGGUAUCCAAGCAAAUGCAAGCAACCGUUCUAAAGUUGGCAGCCGUGGCCCAUGGAUUGCAAGAAGACCCCGAAGCUAUCAGCAUGAUCGAGCCCUACUUGAUUGAAGAAUUGGGAGAGAACAAUGUACCAAAGGAUCAUUGGGUCUAUGGGAUGGCUCAAUCAGCACUCGCUGCAUAUCACCUUCGUAUCUUUCCUACCAUGUUUGGCAAGGGUUUGGCUGAAAGACUUGGUUUGAUGGACAAAGGACUCGACGAGGCUGAAGCAUACAUCCAAUAUCUUCAUCAACACAUUUGGCCGGAUAAUCCAAUGGCUGCCUUUUUCGCUGGAUGGCGUGUAUUGGAAUUGGUUUUACCCAGAGAUCAUCCGCUAGUGGCAUUGGUCAAGGAACACUGGAUACCCCUUGUCCAUCAAGUCUUUGAAAAGCGUCGCUCACCUGUUAUCGAUGAUAUGAUUCAAAGAAUAGGCAAGUAG